AAUUGGAUUCUGUCUCUUGCCGCGAACGGACGUUGCGAUACUUUUCCGCGGUGCGGGUGACGUGACAGUGCAAAAAUUAAAUAAACCAACAAAAACAGAAAAAGAGGAGAGAGCAAAUAAAAACAGCAAAAUUAGCUGGAGGAGCAACAACAAAUUUGAUACAUACCUAUAUAUACGUGGUUUAAUAGUGAAACACGCACACGCACGCACGUUGUUCGCUCGCCUGUACAUAUAUGUAUCCGAGUGUGUGUGUAUAUAGAGGCGGCUGGUAAAAUUCCACUGUGAAACGAAAGGAAGUUAUUGUUUUUGCGGCUGUGUACAUGUAUAUAUAUUAAUAAAACAAAUAAGAGUGUGUGUGCGUAAAGUUGAUAUAAACCUGAAAACGUGUAAACAAAAAUUAAACAAAAACCCGGUCGCCGCAAUCACGUUUUUCGACAUUAUUUGUUUUUCAAUGUUUUUUUGUGAAUACCGCCAGCGAGAGAGGGAAAUGCUCCAACAAGUGCACUUUAAUUGAAGCUCCGAAAAUAGAAGAAAUAAAAAACCACAGGGAGAGAAGAAUUAAACGCGUUAUCGCUAUCGUUAUCGCACCCACACACACUCAUACACACGCACCCAGUGAUAAGCGGAAAGAGUAAACAGGCGGUACACACACUUAUCAGCAUUUUCCACUCGUUCCACCAUAAAUAAACACCCCGCUUCUCGUAAUGUCAUUCUAAAAUUUUGAAAAUAAAUCCGGGACGUGAAAGAAGAAAAAAAGGUACCUAUCUCAGCUUGAAAGAAGGAAAGUGACUCGCCGCACAGUGAAUUCGCCGCCGCCGUCGACUCGACAACCUGUUUGCUCGGCACCCAAUUCGCCCCGGCAUUCCCCAUUCCCCAUUCAACUCGAAAUUAUUUCUACACUGACGUAAGGAGCAGCACUGCCACCAUUCCACCGCAACUGCAGCAAACCACGUCGACGCAGCAGCAGACGCAGCAACCACAGUUGCAGUUGCAGCACCGCAAAACGGUCACACUGCCCAGGAGCGGAUCAGCCAUCGAGGUCCAAGGAGGCGGAGGAGGAGGAGUGCGGAGCGGACCGGGGAGCAGGGGGAGCAGGAGUCCCUCGCCCACAUCCACCAUGGAGCCCUAUUGGAACGAGUCCAACGGCCACGCCGCCCAUCCGGUCAAGUAUGAGAGCGAAGCAGCUGUCUCCAGUUUUCCUUAUUGCACAGAAUCUAGUUUAAAUUUUUCAACAUCAGCAACGGCAUACAGCGAGGACGAUGCUGAAUAUGCCACCGGAAGACGUAAUAAGACAUCGAGGCAAGAUCCUCUAUCCCAUCGAAUUAUCGAGAAACGGCGGCGAGAUCGCAUGAACUCCUGCCUGGCAGACCUGUCCCGCCUCAUCCCGCCGCAGUACCAGCGAAAGGGGCGUGGCCGCAUCGAGAAGACGGAGAUCAUCGAGAUGGCCAUCAGGCACCUGAAGCACCUGCAGAACGAGUGCCAGCAGAAGGAGAGCGACUACCGGAGUGGCUACAUGGACUGCAUGAAGGAGGCGGCCAAGUUCCUCUACGACGUCCAUAUGCAGGACUUUUGCCACCGACUUUUGGGUCGCCUGCAGGAGCACAUCGAUGAGAUGUUCAAGACGGACUGCUACAAGUCGACGCGCAGCUGCCACAUGCCGGACAAUGUGAGCGCCUCCAGCGGCAGCCCCCACCAGGCGUACCACCCACCGCUGUGCCACCUGCGCGACAUGCUGGCCACCUCGGCCUCGGAUGUGGAGCACAGUCAGGAUCACAACGAUGUCAAGGAUCUGAGUUUCCGCAAUCAUCUCAACCAGCUGCAACGGAGUCAGCAGGCGGCGGCAGCGGCAGCAGCAGCAGCAGCGGCCGCAGCAGCAGUUGCAGUGGCCAAUGGCAGCUCGCCGGCGUCCAAUGUUGGACUGGAUUCCAAGGUCCCGUUGACCAAUGGUGGUGGUGCCAAUGGUGAAGCAGCGCUGGCGGCCGACAAUGUGCCCAGUAAUUCCACGGGCAGUGGAGCUGCAGCGUUGGCGGCCGGAAACAGCAGCAACAGCAGCGGCAGCAACAGUAGCAACGCGGCCAGCUCCACCACCUGUCCGCCGGCCGGAGGAAGCUGUCCGACCAAGAUCACGCCCCUAGCGGCACACCAGCAGCCCCACCAGGCGCCGGUGAUAACGUCCACGGCCCCGCAUCAUCUUCAUCACCACCACACGGACAGCAGUCACCACGACUUUGAGUCCUCCCGGGAGCCGAUCCUUCACACCGACACCUCCAACAUGCACUCGCCACCUCCGAGGGAUCUGCUGCUACAGCAGCAUCCCCACCUGGCCCACAGCCACCACACCCAGGACAGCCUGAUGUCCGUGAGGAUGCGCAACUAUUCGGAAUCCUCGCACGAGGUGGAGCACAACAACAACUAUAAGUACAAGAACCACAUCAAGGAGCGCUUCGUCCACGAGCUCCACGACGAGGAGACGAGCAGCGAGCACUGUCCGGUGGCCGCGCACCUGCAAAGCGAUCACUCCCACUUGCAGGCCCUGUCGGAGCACUCGAAGGAUGGCACCGAACCGGAAAUAGCCCCCAUUAUGGCCAAGAAGCGGAAGUUGGCCGAGGCGGCGGCCAAUGGGGAGAUACCCCUGGAGGUGCACACCGAAUCGAAUAACGCGGGAGCGGGGAAUCCCUCCAGUCGGCUGGACAAGCCCUCGCCCUCGUUCAACUUCAGCGACAUCAAGGACAUCAAGUCGGAGCUGCACAACGGCAACUCCAAUUCCAGUCCCCUGUUGGCCAAAUUGAAUGCGGCAGCAGCUGCCGGCGGCCAGUUAAGUACUCCGAGCAGCACCACCGCACCACUGCCACCGCGGCACUCCUUCACGGUGCCCAUAUUCGCGCUCCACGGACAGGGGAACUACUAUGUGCCCCUUAAUGUGGACUACAAUGCACUGGUGCCCUUCCUCAAUGGGAUGGAUCUACUGGAGAAAAGCUAUUCCAGUAUGCCGGUGGUGCAUCCCAUCAACAUCAACGUGAACUUUAUGCCCAGUUCACCCUCGGCAUCGCUUUUGGCCGCCGCUGCAGCCGCCGCCGUGGCCGUUGGGAAGCAGCAACAACAGCAGCAACAGUCAGUGGUGGCCGUCGGGGCAGGACUUCCCCUGUCCACCAACUCGGCGGCGGCCCAGGCAGCCGCUGUGGCCGCGGCGGCGGUGGCCAAGGCCAAACUGGAGCAGGCAAUGAAUCAGAGUUGGUAAAAAUGAUUUAAAAAUCGGGCUACGGGUCGACAGAUGGAACAACUCUACCUCAGUACUUCUGUGAAUAAUCAUCAAAUGAUUAAUCUCAAAACAAAAACACUAAGCGACAUCUGCGCCCAAGUAUACCUACAAAAAAGAAAAAAAAAAUGGCAAGGGAGAAGAAAAAGCGAAUUCAUUGGGGGUGCUUCUAAAAUCUCUGGGGGUUUAAGCCAUUGCUUAAGGUGUCUUCGUUUUUUUUUUUGAGCAAAGUAAUUAUCAAAUUGUGUAGAGAUAUAACAAAUUUGUCAAACUAACUAGGUGGAUCACUAUUAUAAAUUCAAUUUACAAAGGAUAAGAAUCUUAAAAAUGUUUAUCAUAAUUUAUAAUAUCAAUCCUUAGAAGAUAUUGCCUAUGACCGCCAAAAUAAAAACCUCUUUCGGAACUUACUUUAUGUGUACAAUUCAAAACUUUUUUCAAACCAGUUCCAUUUGAAUUUUUGAAUUAAGGAAAACUAAUUACUAUUGUUAGAUGGUUAGAUUGCACAGUAAUAUAUUGCUCACAUGAAGGCACCCAAAUAACUGCUUUAAAUUCUCUAGAGAUUUCAAAAGUACAUCGCUGUAUUUGUUUAAAUCACAGAGACGGUCAGGAGCAGCCUCAAAGGCUGGGCACCUACUAGAGAAAUAAUUUCCAAUUGUUAAAUGUGGUGGAGAAAACAAUUAGAGUAGCUAGUUGUUAAAUAUUUUGAACAAAGCAUAAAUGUCUAUUAUAGCGCAUGCAUUGAAUAUUACAAAAAAACAUAUAUGUUGUAUGCAAGCCAAUAGAACGUAUAUGAUGCCAAGAGUCAGUCCCACGUAAAAAAAAUCUAAUGGAUUUUAAAACAAAACUAAAUGUGAAUUAAAUGUAUUUUUUAGAGGUUUAACGUUUUUGCAAUUUAAAUAAGUGUUGUGGUUUCAAAUCAGGUAGUCAGAUAGCCAAGUGACUCCCGACAAACAUACAAAGUAAUCUAUAUAUACAAAACCGAUAUAUUGAUAAAUAUAUAUAUAGUAAACCACUAGUCAGAGAAGUUGUACGAAGACGUAAAAAUAUACAAACAAAAUGGGAGAAAAAACAAAUCAAAAAAUUAUUAUAUUCUAUGUGUAAAUACUAUUAGCAAGCAAAUUGUCCUUUGUUUAAGUUUGUAUUUUAGAGACAAAUUAUGUUAAGUUGGUUGGUUAACACGUGAAAAAAACAAAAAAAAUAUUCGAAAAAAUCCAAAAACUUUUCUAUUCAAGAAAUGCACCAUGUUUCAUUCUCGAAAUGCGGUCUUAUAGUUAUUAUUAUUAUUAUUAUUAUUACUACUGUCUAACACCUAA